GUCAGCCAUCGCGGCGGCCGCGGAGGCGCGCGGUGCCUGGCCGCCAUGAGACACAGGGCGUCUGAGGAGGAGGCCUGCGGCGUGUGGCUGGACGCGGCGGCGCUGAAGAGGCGGAAGGUGCAGCUAAUUCUGUUGGCACUGGUUAAGAACAGAGAAAGAAGACACCUUUGGCUUGUUCCUGAUUUUAGUGGAAAUGCUUGAAGUUUUUUCUCAUGUCACAUAUGCUGCCUCUAUGUUUAAGAAGAAAAAUAAACAUAAUUUAUGUUUCUUCUAUUCUGAGUUUCUUCAGGACUUUUACCAUAAAGACACAUUUAAUGAAACCAGGUACCAAAAUGCUGACAUUGCUUCCUGGAGAGAGAAAACGUAGUAUUUCAUUUACUCAAAGAAGAGGCACUCGGCAGACCAGUAUUACAUCCUUUGUCACCUUACAACCAGGAAUGGCAAAUGGUGGUAAACAGAGGAACAUUUUCUCUCUUGAAGAAAAGCAGAUCAACAAAGAGUGCAAGAGAACUCAGCUAGACUGUUCGGUCCAGCAACUGGGGGAUGAUUGCUUGGUAUCACCUUUGGCCACGUCAACUCCUGCCAACAUCCAGGAAGCUGGACAUUCUCCUCAGUCUCCCCGGAUUUCUAGCUGCCACAGUUUGGAAACACCGUCUUUGACUAUGGUAUCUUUGCCCCAGCCUGAUGUCCUGAUGGGCGCUGGAGAGGGUAAAGCCUCCCUGGCACCUUCCUUCUCCCGGUAUUUGGAACGUUCUUAUCUGACGGAUCAAAGGGAAGCCAAGAGGAAAAGUGAAUGGCUUCAUGGAUCCGAGACAAACUGUCCAGGCAUGGGAAGCCACAUCAGACCAUCUUGGGGUAAAUGCCAUCAGCCCUUGGACGAAGCUGAAGUGGGGAAGAGGGGACCUGCCAAGGAAAACAGGCCAGCUCCUGUGCAUCUUCAAACCUACAGGUUUGGGUCCUUGAGUAGGAACAAACCACUAUCGGUGACAAAAAGCCCUCGUCCUCUUUCUAUAUUUUCCUGGGACAGUGAAAGGAAUGACAAGGACUCCUGGAGUCAGCUUUUCACUGAGGAUUCCCAAGGCCAGCAGGUCAUUGCCCACAACACUAAAAUGCCUUUCCAAGAUGUAACCAAUGCUAAGAAUCAAGGCUUGGGGCAGUUUGCUGACAGGCCUCAGGCUCAGUGCCAAGAUGGGCCUGCUGGGUUACAUCUGCAGCCACACCUGCUCUUUACCCAGGACUCAGAAGGCAAUCAGGUUAUCAAGCAUUAGCUGUAAUGUUUAGGUGAGUGUGUCUUGAAAUCGCAGAGAUGGAACAAAGUGGGGGAGGGGGCUGGGUAGAGAUGAGGGUUUAGGAGAGGCCAGGUGGGAUGAAGCAGCUGUCAUUUUGGAACAGUUUCCUUUUGGCAUACUUCCCCUCAAGGUGAUUGGGGCAUUCCAUGAAUGAAUGUGAUGAGGACUGAGACAGCAGGACAUGACUAACCACUGAAACCAUAUCCCAGUUUACAUAGCUGCUACUCUGCCCUUCCAGAGGCCUUACAGCCUUUGAUUGUUAUGUAUAGAUGUGUGCUCUUUUUAUCUUCGGACCACUCCAGCAUGAAUGUGGGACCAUUAUUCCCAACCGCAUUUUAAGAAAUGCCUACAUCCCCAAUCCAGGUAUGUGGCACCCGUGGUGGGGGAGAGCAUAUGGCAGAUGAUCAUCUUGUUUUAAAUUGUUAUCUAUACAUUAUUAAUCUAUGCUUGGCUCAGCUGUUGAGAGCACUUGCUACUCUUGUGGAGGACCCAGGUUUAGUUCCCAGCACCCACGUGUCAGCUCACAACUGCCUGGAACUCCAAUUCCCUGGGAUCUGAUGCCUUCUUCCAACCUCUGCAGGCACCAGGCACACAGCACACACAUGGUGCACAGACAUACAGGCAAAAUGAAAUAAAUUUUUAGAGAGAUGGCUCAGUGGUUAAGAGCACUGACUGCUCUUCUAAAGGACCCAAGUUCAAUUCCCAGCACCCACAUGGCAGCUCACAACUGUCUCCAUUUCCAAGGGAUCUGACACCUUUACGCUGAUGCACAUAAAAUUAAAUUAAUUAUUAAAAAGAAAAAGAAAAAACUAAAAAAAAAAAAAAAAAAAAAAAAAGAGCACUGACUGCUCUUCCCAAAGUUCCAAGUUCAAUUCCCAGCACCCACAAGGUAGAUCACAACCAUCAAUAAUGUGAUCUGAUGCCCCCUUCUGGCAUGCAGGCGAACAUGCAGAUAGAGCACUCAUCCAUACAUUAAAUAAAUACAUCUUUAAAAAAAAGUUGUUUGCUUUAUCUUUCCCUUCCAGAAUCUGAGCUAUGUAACAAUGCAACUUCUGUGAGGGAAGGGGGAAGUUCCCUUUGCAAAACGGACUUAAGGUUAAUGUCUAGAAAGCUGACUCUGGUGGUAAUUAAAACAAAAUCUAUACAAGGAGUACUGGACCAGCCUGGGCUAGAAUGACAUUCUGCUCAAAAAGAAAAGGCAACAUGAGUGUGAGUACAAGUGCACACGUGCCACAUCAGAGCACAACCUCCAGGAAUGAUUUCUCCUUCAUGUAGAUUCCAAACUCAGGUCAUCAGGCUUGAGUGCAAGCACUUUUACCUACUAAGCCAUCUUGCCAGCCCAUGUCAACUUUUUAAUAAUUGUCACUGCCCUGAAUUCAACCAAUCAAAUCUGAUUUUGCCUAUAUUCUCUCCAAAGCACCACUGUUUAUGUGGCAGUUGAUGCAAACCACAUUAACUUAUCAAGUGUAAUUGCUUUUAUGAGUUUUGGAACAAAACCCCUUAGAACAAGAUGUAUGGGUGUGUGAAUAUGUCUGUGUACCUCAUGUGUGCCUGGUACCCAUGAGACCAGAAGAGUGUGUCAGAUCCCUGGGUCUGGAGGAACAAAUGAUUAUGAACAGCCAUGUGGGUGCUGGGACUCAAACCCUUGUCCUUCAGAGGAUUGCUAAUCUUAACUUCUGGAUAAUUUCUCCAGCCCCAGGAAAUUUUCUCCAAGGGCAGGGGUUCUUGACAGAUAAGUACAUUGUGAUUCAUAACGGUAGCAAAAUUAGAGUUAUAAAGUAGCAACAAAAUUUUAUGGUUGGGGGUCACAAGAGAACUGUACUAAAGGGUCACAGCAUAAAGUUCACAUAAGCUGGGCAGCAAUAGUGCAUGUCUUUAAUCCCAGCACUUGGGAGGCAGAGGAAGGUGGAUCUCUGAGAUCUUGUAGCCUACGAAGUGAGUCCAGGACAGCCAGGGUUGUUACACAGAGAAACCUUGUCUCAAAAAACCCAAAAAGUUCACAUACCUUAGAAUUACAGGUGCCCUCCCCACCAAAAGCUGCUGUGGUCAGAACUCAGAUGAACAAUGAAAAGAUGCACCAUUUCUCCAAGUCCUUCAUUUAAUAUCAGGUAGUGCUUCAACUCAAACACGCAGUAUUCAUACCACAGAGAAGGGCCCUGAGGGCACCCGAGUCAUGCAUGAUGCAGUAAAUAAAAUCUUGGCCCAACCCAGAGAAAUCAGUCAUUGUUCUAGAAUAAAAGAUGUUAUGCUC